AUUUUUAAGAAAUGACGAGAGGAUAUUCAUUAGAGCAAGAUUUAAGAGUAUUAAUAAAUAAUCCAAAGUAUAGUGAUAUAGAAAUUUUAUGUGAAGAUGAAAAGAAAUUACAUGGUUGUAGAGCAAUUUUAGCUGCAAGGUCCGAAGUAUUUGAUAGAUUACUUUAUAAUGGAAUGAAGGAAAGUUAUGAUAAACAAAUUUCUUUUCCAAAAAUUAAUUCCGCUGGAAUGGAGAUCAUAUUAGAAUAUAUAUAUACGGGAUCAAUUAAAGAAGAAUCUCUAACAAAAGAUAAUAUGAUUGAAUCUUUUUACGCUGCAGAUUAUUUUCAAUUAACAGAACUUCAGAAUUUUAUUAUGAAAACGUUUAAUAAUACACUAGAAGAGAAUUGUACAGAAAAUUAUUCACCAGAGUUACUGUCUAAAUUUGCGGCAAAAUUUCCAUUAUCGGAAGAUAAUAUUUUUCUAAAUUUAUUAGUUGAAGCGGUAGCAGUUAUACCAUUAAAUAAUAUUGAAUUUGGUCGAUUAUCUAUUGCAGGUCUUCAAUAUCUUUUAUCUUGUACAAAUGAAAAGAAAAAUCCUUUUGCAACUCCUGAAUAUGAGGUUUUUCGAUAUAGUGCUAUUCUUGCAGCGAAGCAAGUUUCUAAUGAUGCUCAUAAAACUCUUAUGGAACGGUUACCAACCUUUGAACAAAUAGAAAAAGUAGUGGAUUCAGCUCAAGUAGAUAAUGAUGAUAAAUUAAUUAUCAAUCGUCAAAAUGUUGCUAGUGAAUUAGAUCCUUUAGUGGAAUAUGUUGAUUUUAUCCGAAUCGAUGGACAAAUUUUGGCCGAUAUUAUUGAACCAUUAGGAAUUAUCCCAGCAAAAAUAAUUUUGGAUGUUUAUCGACAAAAAGCAAGAUUAUAUAAAUCUGAGUUAAGUAAUACGCGAGGAAUACCCAUCACAAUUUGUUCCAAAUAUGUUUGGGAUGAGUCUGAAUGUGGAUCAAAUGCUCUUAUUGAAGAUAAUGGAAAAAUUGUAUAUUUAAAAAGUAGCACUAGUUCAUGGCGAAAUGUUAGAGCUAAAAUGAUACUAGAAGGUAAAAGAAUUAUUGAAUGGGAUGUUAUUAUGGAGAAAGCUUGUGUAGAUGCCUGGGUAGGAGUAUGUGCACCAGAAAAUUUAAGUUAUGAAUUCUUUGCAGGAGGACAACCAACUGGAUGGGUAUUAGGUACCGGUGGAUAUUGUUAUAACUCUAAUAAAGGAUCAAGUUAUUGCCCACCAUUCGGAGAUGGUUCAAGAAUUACUGUUCAUUUAGAUAUGAAUAAAAGAACUUGUUCUUUUACAGUUAAUGGUACAAAAUAUCCGGAAGUGUCAGCAUGGAAUAAUUUACCUUCAAAGCUUUAUCCGGUGGUGUCUUUUAAUUAUCCUGCUCGACUUCGAAUUCUUCCUCAUCAGAAAAGUAGUGAUUAAGUUACAGAAAAAAUUGUGUCAUCAUUUGGUUUUUGUCCAUAAUAAAAACGUUUUAUAUUUUAUAUUUAUUAUAAAUUUAUCACGAAUGAUUUAUAUUGUGAAUAUGAUGCUGAACGGCUAAACUGGCAGAACAAAUAAUUGAUAAAUGUAAUUGCUUUAAACACUUUACAGGUAGGUAAAAAGAUCUUUUAAUAGUUUAGAUGAUUAACAAAUUUCACAAUAAUCUUAAAAAUCAUCUUUUGAAGCUUUUAUUAUAAUAAUAUUGAUUCUAACAAAUUUAUAUUUCUCUUUAUACUACAAAUCUUGAAAGAUUUAAUGUUUAUGAUAAAAACGAAUAAUUUUCAGGAUUAGAGGAGAAAUGGAAAUACAAGUUCAUAGUAGAUUUAGUUAUAUACAAUGGUGAAGAAUGUUUUUAACAUUAACAACUGAAAUAUUGUUUAAAAUUAGUUAAAGAAUUUG